AUGUCGAAAGCUGGGAUUUAUGUAGUAUUUGUUAGUUGUAUCCUAGCUGAGAGGAAAAAAACAGAGAGACGGAGAGGGGAAGUCGUGGUGGCGCUUAGCCCUCCUGCCUCCAAGGCUGAGCCGUUAUCUGUCCCCGGCCAGAGCCGGACUCCGCGGGCCACGCUGGCAGUGUGUGGUGCUGAGGACUCGCGCGGAGGCGGGAUGUUACCGGCCGAGGAGGUCGGCGAGUCGCCGGCAGCCCCGUGCUGCUCAGAAAGUGGUGACGAAAGGAAGAACAUGGAGGAGAAAAGUAAAUUUUAUCUAAUUGCGACUGUUCUUUCAUUCUGGUGUGGUCAGGUGCUUACGAUUUCAUCAGAAAUUCCUAAAAGAAUUCAAAGUGCCUUAAAAAAUGCAGAAGAAUCAAAGCAAUUCCUGAAUCAGUUUCUAGAGCAAGAAACUCAUCUCUUCAGCUCCAUUAACAGCCAUUUGCUGAAUGCACAGCCCUGGAUGGAUGAGCUUGGGGCCAUGAUUGACCAAAUUGAAGAGAUUGAAAGGCAUCUCGCUUACCUUAAAUGGAUUUCAGAAAUUGAAGAACUAAGUGAUAAUAUUCAGCAGUAUCUGAUGACCAAUAAUGUACCGGAGGCAGCCUCUACUCUAGUGUCUAUGGCAGAACUUGACAUCAAGCUUCAGGAAUCAUCUUGUACUCAUCUUCUCAGUUUCAUGAGAGCCACAGUUAAAUUCUGGCAUAAAAUUCUCAAGGACAAGCUUACAAGUGAUUUUGAGGAAAUUUUAGCACAGCUUCAUUGGCCAUUCAUCGCACCCCCUCAAUCUCAAACUGUUGGCUUAAGUCGACCUGCCAGUGGCCCUGAGUUGUACAGUAACCUGGAGACACUAUUUUGUCAGCUUCUGAAACUACAAACCUCAGAUGAAUUAAUUACAGAACCAAAACAACUCCCAGAAAAAUACUCUCUGCCUGCAUCCCCUUCUAUUGUCCUGCCCAUUCAGGUUAUGCUGACUCCUCUUCAGAAGAGGUUCAGAUAUCAUUUCAGAGGGAACCGGCAGACUAAUGUUAUCAGCAAGCCUGAGUGGUACUUGGCUCAAGUACUUAUGUGGAUUGGAAAUCAUACACAAUUUCUGGAUGAGAAGAUUCAGCCUAUAUUAGAGAAAGUAGGGUCUUCAGUAAAUGCAAGGCUUGAAUUUUCUCGAGGCCUUAUGAUGUUGGUGCUUGAGAAAUUAGCUGCUGAUAUUCCUUGUCUGCUGUAUGAUGACAGUCUCUUCUGUCAUUUGGUAGAUGAAGUGCUCUUAUUUGAAAGGGAGCUUCAUACCGUUCAUGGCUAUCCUGGCACUUUUGCUGGUUGUAUGCAUAUUCUAUCAGAGGAAACCUGUUUUCAGAGAUGGUUGACUGUGGAGAGAAAAUUUGCUCUUCAAAAAAUGGACUCAAUGCUUUCAUCAGAAGCUGCCUGGGUUUCCCAAUAUAAGGAUAUCACUGAUGUGGAUGAAAUGAAAGUUCCAGACUGUGCAGAAACUUUUAUGACUCUACUCUUGGUCAUAACUGACAGGUAUAAAAAUCUUCCCACAGCUUCACGAAAGCUGCAGUUCCUGGAGUUACAGAAGGAGCUAGUAGAUGAUUUUAGGAUACGAUUAACUCAGGUGAUGAAAGAAGAGACUAGAGCUUCCCUUGGCUUUCGAUACUGUGCAAUUCUUAAUGCUGUGAACUACAUCUCGACAGUACUAGCAGACUGGGCUGACAAUGUUUUCUUUUUACAACUUCAACAGGCAGCAUUGGAGGUCUUCGCAGAUGAUAAUACUCUAAGUAAACUGCAGCUGGGACAACUGGCCUCCAUGGAGAGCUCUGUCUUUGAUGACAUGAUUAACCUCUUAGAGCGUUUAAAGCAUGACAUGUUGAUCCGACAAGUAGACCAUGUCUUUAGAGAAGUUAAAGAUGCAGCAAAAUUGUAUAAAAAAGAAAGGUAUAUCUUCUUUUCCAGUCAGUUCUUACACCAUGUAAAAGAAGCUUGUAUUAUUUUGAAUUUGAACAUUGGCUCUGCACUACUCUUGAAAGAUGUAUUGCAGUCAGCUUCAGGACAGCUUCCUGCAACAGCAGCGUUAAAUGAAGUUGGAGUUUACAAACUGGCUCAACAAGAUGUUGAAAUUCUACUUAAUUUGAGGACAAACUGGCCUAACACUGGGAAAUAAUGCAACUUUCAGGAAAAGGA